UGUUUGGUGAUAGAUGCCUGGCUCUUCCACACCACACCUCAAACCACAACGCCAUUGUUACAGCCCAUCGCGCACCACAUAAUCGCUACCUUCCCAUCGUUACUACAAGUGUAUGGCUUACACAGAAAUCGGCGAACGUACACCUCUUCUGCUCUCGCAAAUGCUCGGGCAGAUCAUCAAUAUGGAUUACAACAACAGUCGCUCACCUGCGCGUCUCAGGGAGGAGGAAGAAAGUCAAGUAGCUCUGGAACAGAGCUGCCAAGACUAUAAAGCCGAGUGUCAAGCGUUGGAAGACAGGCGUCGAAUCUACGAUGCCAGACGCCAAGCCUUGGAGAACAGGAGCAACGCAUUCAUCGUCCGUUCGCCCUCACAAAGCAGCAACUUGGUCUCUACCCGCUCUGGAUUAGCCAUUCGUUUCAAAGAGCCGCAUGAACGUCUACCUUCAGAAACCAGAACCAACGGAUCUAGCACUCGACCUGGCGCACCUCGCCCCAAGACGCCCCAUCCCAACUACGCAACCGACAUGAAAGCUCUCCAAGAGUUUCUUGGACCUGACUCCUCAAACAACGCUCCCGUAGGCCACGCUCCACUAGACGCCAAUUCAUAGGAGAACCCCUUCGACGACAAGCACAACACCGAGCAGUGGAAAUGCACGAAGUGCAAUGCACCAGGGCACACGUCAGAAGAGCGCGUAAGGACGCUUGAUGAGAUGGGUCGCUUUAUUUACAGAUGCAAUAAUGCAGCCGGUUGUGAUGCUUUGCUGGUCGCCAAAAAGGAACCCAAUGGGACUGGUGAGCC